GCGGUGAAAUUCAGUGAGUUACUGGCAUCGGUGUGGUUGACGGUAUUUUCUCAGUUUAUACAAUUUGUCCUAUUUGCAAUUAGUUGAUUUGUUUCCACAUAUUUAGCGAUAUAUAAUCAUGGCUGCACGUCGUGACAUUGCUCCCUUCCUGCAACGUUUAAGGGCCUUUCUUUUGGGUCGGGAACACACAGUAGCGCUUCGCUUUGAAGAUGGUCUGGCUGAUCGCACCCAACCACCACCAGAAAUCCCUUACCCUGUACUGAGGUCUGAUUGUUACUAUCACGGAAGAGAUCCACGUCGCCUUGUAGCGCCACCAGUUGAUUUGGUAAAGGAACAGCUAAAGAUUGCUGGCGAUGCUAAACCGGCAGCCGCCAGUCGUUUGCCAACGCCAGGACAAUUUUAUAAAUGGGAUUAAUUUAGAUAAACGAAAUAAAAUAUUGUGAUCACAGUUUAUUGGAAAGUAA